AGCAUAAACUCCUUAUCCUCUCUCUCCGUCUUUCUCUCACUCACAUCACAUGCUACUCUUUUUCUAGCAACUACGAACUUGUUAAUGGCGUUUCAGAUCUAACAGUGCCACUGCGCCACAUUUGUCGCUCCUACUGUUUGACACAAGACGACGCCGUUCAUCGGGAGAGGUCCUCUGUUUGUUGUUUUUUCCACAUGAAGAGAAUGGCGUACUCGUUCCCUGAAGAGGUGCUGGAGCACGUGUUCUCCUUCAUUGAGUGCGAGAAGGACCGAAACGCGAUCUCACUUGUGUGCAAGUCGUGGUACGAGAUCGAACGGUGCUGUAGGAAGAAGGUUUUUGUUGGAAACUGCUACGCAGUGAGCCCUAUGAUGGUGAUCAAGCGCUUCCCGGAGGUGAGAUCCAUUGCGUUGAAAGGGAAGCCACACUUCGCGGACUUCAGUUUGGUACCUGACGGCUGGGGCGGUUACGUUUGCCCUUGGAUCGCCGCCAUGUCUUGUGCCUUUCCGUGGCUCGCGGAGAUCAGGCUCAAGAGAAUGGUCAUUACCGACGAGAGCUUGGAGCUCAUUGCUAAAUCCUUCAAAAACUUCAAGGUUUUGGUCCUCACCUCUUGCGAGGGUUUCACUACUGAUGGACUUGCCGCCAUUGCUGCCAACUGCAGGAAUUUGAGGGAGUUGGAUUUGCAGGAGAGUGAAGUGGAGGACCUUAGUGGGCAUUGGCUAAGCUAUUUUCCUGAUUCCUACACAUCACUUGUUUCACUUAACAUCUCUUGCUUAGGCAAUGAGGUGAGUUUGUCUGCGCUUGAGCGCCUGCUUGGGAGGUGUCCCGAUGUGCGUACUCUCCGCCUCAAUCGUGCUGUGCCCCUCGAUAAAUUACCCAACCUGCUUUCCCGGUGCCCUCAGCUGGUUGAGUUAGGCACAGGUGUCUACUCAACUGAGAUGCGACCUGAGGUCUUCUCAAACCUGGAAGCGGCAUUCUCUGGGUGCAAGCAAUUGAAGAGCUUGUCUGGCUUUUGGGAUGUGCUCCCAUCCUACCUUCCAGCUGUCUAUCCUGUCUGUUCCAGGCUAACAUCAUUAAACUUGAGUUAUGCUACUAUUCAGAGCUCCGAUCUUAUCAGGCUUAUCAGUCAGUGCCCAAAUUUGUUGCGGUUAUGGGUGCUGGAUUACAUAGAAGAUACCGGUCUUUAUGCCCUUUCUGCGUCAUGCAAGGAUCUAAGGGAGCUGAGGGUGUUUCCAUCUGACCCAUAUGGUUUGGAACCAAAUGUUGCGUUGACAGAACAGGGCCUUGUCUCUGUGUCUGAAGGUUGCCCCAAGCUCCAGUCAGUUCUAUAUUUUUGUCGUCAAAUGUCUAAUGCAGCCCUACAUACAAUUGCAAGUAAUAGGCCUAAUUUUACCCGUUUUCGCCUGUGUAUUAUUGAGCCUCGAACUCCUGACUAUCUUACGCAUGAACCACUGGAUUCCGGUUUUGGAGCUAUUGUAGAGCAUUGCAAGGAUCUUCGACGCCUAUCCUUAUCUGGUCUCCUUACUGAUCGUGUUUUUGAGUAUAUUGGGACUUAUGGGAAGAAGCUGGAGAUGCUAUCUGUGGCUUUUGCUGGGGAUAGUGAUUUGGGACUUCAUCAUGUGCUGACUGGGUGUGAGAAUCUUAGGAAGCUGGAGAUCAUGGACUGCCCCUUUGGUGACAAGGCCCUUUUGGCCAAUGCUGCAAAGCUGGAGACAAUGCGAUCCCUUUGGAUGUCCUCCUGCUCAGUGAGUUAUGGAGCAUGUAAGCUUCUGGGUCAGAAAAUGCCCAGACUUAAUGUUGAAGUCAUUGAUGAAAGAGGACCUCCAGACAAGAGGCCAGAGAGUUGUCCAGUUGAGAAGCUUUACAUAUACAGGACUAUUGCCGGACCAAGGUUAGACAUGCCUGGUUUUGUCUGGACAAUGGAAGAUGAUUCUUCAUUAAGGCUUGAGUGAUUGUGCUGUGGAUUGAGCCAUAAGAGUUGGGCAUGCAUGGUUUUGUGUGGACAAUGGAAGAUGAUUCUUCACUAAGGCUUCAGUGAUCGUGCUGUGUGGACUGAGCCAAGGGACUGAUGCCAAUUUGAUUUGGGAAGUUGAUGGCAGGUACAUGCUCAGUAGUGAAUUUACUGUUGCCUGGCUUAUGCAGUUGUAGUUAUGGUUUGUGGUUGAGCUUGGUACAGGAGAGUAAACAGAAGAAAGCUUGAGCUCGAUUGCCAUUCAUUUUACACUUUGGCUGAGCUACGGGAUAUGCGAAUUUACUAAUUAAUAAAGAGAUCUAAACUAUGUUGUUGUACGUGCAUUAGAUACAAUUGUUAUAUUCUUCAUACUGUAAUAUUUACGGGCUUCAAUAGUUCAAUUUAUUUGUAUGUCAGCUUCGCCUUUCGUAGUAGGAUGUUGGACACAUUUAUCACUAUUAGCCUUCCCGGGGAAUAAUAUUCAUAAUCUAACGCAGUUUUGUUGUUUCUUCGCAUUUUGAUGCAUAUAUGCCAUUGCAUGUUGCUCUU